AGCAGAACCAGAUCGUCAGAUUCGUUGCGAUCGCAGGAAAGUGUACUCGAAUCACUGCGGGAGAUACAUAAUAAAAUUUCAUCGAUGUCUUUUUUAUCGGACUGCACUAAAGAUUAAACCAAUCCUCACACGUGUGGCAACGCAGCCCUCGCAUGCCUUUGUAAAGAUCCUAGUUGAAACGAAUAUCUGCGACAAUAUGUUUUACACAGUUGUAUCUGUAAAUUUAGUAGUGUAAACUGACUGAAGAUUAGUGGUUAGUACGUAAAUAUCACUUGUGAUCUUCCAUAUCAGGAAAAUAGUGGAUGGUUCGAUGCUGAAGCCCUCUGUUAACCUAUCAAUAAGUUCCGUUGUCGCACAAUAUUAACCGUUGCCUUACCAACAACUUGUCUUCUGUAGGAGGUGAUAAUAAAAUAGAAAGGAAGCUAUGGCUGUCACAGUGUAUUCCUCAAAUAUCAAAUUAGAAUGUGUCGCAGGAGAGAAUGGAAUUAUGGAUGAGGCUUUUAGCCUACUUAACGACAACAGAGGACAUUCAGAAACAAAAUGGCGACCAUUCUUCGUGAAGCGGUAUGGAACCUAAAGGUAUCAUAGAAAUCAAUGGAGGAAGCCAUUCAGGCUCCUCAGGACGGAGCACACCUAAUACCUCCAAUGAGCCAGCACCUGGAAAAUUAUUUGUCGGUGGUCUCAGCUGGCAGACUUCCAGCGAGAAGUUAAGGGAGUAUUUCGGGAUGUUCGGCAACGUCACUGACGUCUUAAUAAUGAAGGAUCCAGUAACUCAGAGGAGUAGAGGAUUUGGAUUCAUUACCUUCUCUGAACCCUCGAGUGUGGACAAUGUACUAAAAGUACCAAUUCACACCUUAGAUGGGAAGAAAAUCGAUCCAAAGCACGCUACUCCGAAGAAUAGACCCAAGCAACCAAACAAGACCAAAAAAAUUUUUGUUGGAGGAGUGAGUCAAGAUACAUCGGCAGAAGAAGUAAGAGCGUAUUGCGCGCAAUUUGGAAAAGUAGAUGAAUGCGUUAUGUUGAUGGACCAACAAACAAAAAGGCAUAGAGGUUUCGGAUUCGUUACCUUCGAAAGUGAAGAUGUAGUAGAUAGGGUUUGUGAAAUUCAUUUCCAUACAAUCAAGAAUAAGAAGGUGGAAUGCAAAAAAGCCCAGCCGAAAGAGUCUGUAGCUGGUGGAGCCCCGCUCAUUAGUAAGCGUUUGAUGAUAGGAGGUCUAGGAAUGAGACUUCAUAAUGCAGCAGCCCCUGGUGCUUUGGCUGCUGCCACCCCACUAACUGUUGCACAGGUCCAAGCCCAUGCUGCCGCAGCUGCUGCAGCUCAAGCACAAUCGGCAGCUGUAGCUGGUUACGGAAAAAUAUUUGGAGCUUAUCCACCAUUAGCCAGCUAUAGAUUCUCUCCUUAUGGCAUUCCCACAAUGGCAGCUGGUGCUCCUCCGCAAGCACCUAGCCAGGGCGCUCAAGGUGCACCACUACCACCAGUUCCACACAGUCCUUACCAAGGAUAUAACUUGGCAAAUGUAGAUAUGUCGAGUUUCCAAGGUGUUGAUUGGUCCGCGAUGUAUGGAGUUGGGAUGUACUGUUAAAAUUUUGCUCAUAAUUUUAUUGUAAAUAUCUCUCUGCAGAUUCUACCUAAAUUAGGUAUUUCAUGAUUUCAAGGGCAAGUCAACAGUUCUUCCAUUUAUAACAAUAUUUUAAUAUAAAAAAAUCAUUUUAACGACUUGAUAACAAUAUCAAUAAUUUAAAUAAUAAUUGUUCCAUCUUCAUAUAGAAGUUUAGGAUUCUCAAAAAAUCAUAUCGAAUGCUUUAAUAUUAUCUGAAUAUGUAUUAUAAUAGUCCCCAUUGAAUACAAUCGCAUGUUUAGCGAACUGUUUACUUGUGCUUUAUUAUCUUGAUUUAACAUAACGAAGCAAAUCUGUGAAUCGACAGAAAAUUUUGACAGAAACUGAUAUUAAACCAGAUUAAAUAAUUCAGAGCCAAUAUUUGCUCAAUAUGUUUCCUUGGAUUUUCAAACAAUAAUUGACAGGAAUUGUCCUUGUUCAUCCUAAAAAAAAAUAAACAAAAAACUUCUCCUUUAUUAUAUAAAACUUAUUUUGGUCUUGAAUGGAGUCCCUGCUCAUUUAGUAUUUAGCAAUAACUCGCAAUAAUAUCAGUAUUAUCAAAUUUUACUCUCGUAACUUUUGUUUCUGAGAUUCCUGCUGAAGGCAAUAGUGUGUUGAGAAUCAAGGCAUGUUAGGUUGUGCACUGUACUUAAUUUUAUAUUAUUAUUUAUUGUGUGACUGAUAGGAUAUUUAUUUUUAAGUGUCUGUUAAAACUUUUUGAAUAAUUUUUAGAUAUUGUUGAAUGUUGUGAAAACAUUUCACACUAAUUAAAUUGGCAUAACUUCUAGUUCUAAAUUACAAAACGUGAUAAUUUAUAAUUUGUAAUGUAUAUUUCCUAAAAGUAGAUGCCUAUGUUUGUUUAUCGACGAAAUGAAUCUUUUCUUCCAAAUUUCAGUAAAUGCCAAUUCUCACUUAAAUACCAGACCUUAUUAAGAUCUCAUUCUUUAGAAGUAAUGUGUUAUGGAUUAAUAAUGUACAUGUUCACAAUUCAAGUGAAUUUUUGAAUUGAACUAUUUGUUUUAUCAAGCAGAUCUAGUCAUCGAGGUGAACUGCCUUGUUUACUUACAAUCAUAUUAACCAGAGAGAGACAGACCUGCCGACAUUCCUGUUGUAGCUGUGCAUCGAUUUUUUAUAUUUGUGUGAUUCUAAGGACCAAUGCGUCUAUUGCCUGGCAUAGUGCCAUGGAGCAAUCUAACUAAGAGCAACUUCUUUGCCCCACAUUUUUCAACAAUUAUUUGAUAUUGUAAGGUUGUAUAUUUCUGCAUUGAUAUUAACUUCAUCUUGUAAACAUUAUUCUUUUGACGCCUUAUUUCAAUUCUUGCAUUAUAGCUUUCUGAAGAUGUAAUAUUCAGUAUUAUGGACAGACUGAUACGCUCUUAGUUUAAGAUUGCUAUAAGUAUUUUUAAAAUGUUCAUAAGGUUUGAUAUAUGCUUAGUUUUAAGUGAGACGCCUAAUGGAACAAAAACCUAUGAGCCUUGUGAUAGUUGUUGGGCAGAUGGUAGUUCCAACUCAGUUGCAAGUCUGUUGCUUCAUAUUUAAUUCUAAUUAAUUGAAAUUAUUUUUAUCAAUGAUAAUAACAGUAAUUCAAUGAUAUUCAGUUGUGCUUCAUUUUAUACUGUUAUAUUAUUUGAUUCCAUUUUUAUUCACAUUCUACUUUUUUGAUUCUGUAAUGAGAUUUUUCAAUAAUUGUGUUUGAUCUCCCCUCAUUGUUAGAUCGACUUGGAACUAAGUAACAGGCGACAAUAGUUGUAUAUUUAAUUCAAAUUGACAGCAAUAAGCGUUGUGAGACAGAAUGAACCCUCUAUUUUUAUAUUCAAUUAUAAAUGUUAAGACAAAUAAAACUUUAGUUUCACUUGUUGAGUGAACCCUUAGGAUUUUGUAUAUAAUGUAGUCUUAUAAGAGGGUUGGCUUGAAUAUAUGCGAAGGUUCGCCUUAGCAAAAGGUAAUAAUAGAAUAUUGAUGUAGUUAUAAAAUAAUAUGAUUACUAUGAAGUAUAGGCACUCCUAUUAACCUGUUCCGUAGAUGUUUAUGUUUAGCCAUGUCGUAUGUAUUUUUGAAUAUACCGUAGGUAUUAAACUAAUGUAUAAGUUGAUAUAGUAAGUAGACUUUAGUAUCUGUAGAAUGUAACUGUGUGUGUAGUGUGUAGGGACGACUUAAUUUUAUGGUCGUUUAUGCACUCUGUAGUAGAGCUAUUUCAAUAAAGUAGUUUCAUGAAGUA